GGGGGCUCCGGCUGCGACUGACUGAGAAUGGAGCCCGGCGCUUCGGCAGCGCGGCCGUCCGGGGAAGGAGCGGACUCGUGCCUGGAGCGCCUCAAGAAUUCGCUGCCGGGACCCGCCGACCUGGCUGGGGCGGCCAGCACGCUGGAGCGGAUCCUGAGGGAGUCGGUGUGUCAGCUGCAGGGCUGGCUGCAGGUCUACGAUGUGAAAGGACCACCGAUUCACAGGCUGUCUUGUGGCCAGUCCCCCGAUUCUGAAACUGUAAUAUGGGAAACCAAGUACUCUAUUCUAACCGAUAGCCAGCUUGUGCUGCUGAACAAAGAGAAGGAGGUGGCUGAAGAUGGAGGACAGGAGCUGUCAGCAGAGCCAACCAAAGGGCGGCGUCUGCGCCGUACAGUCAGUGUUCCUUCCGAAGGCCAGUUUUCUGACAUUCCACCAGAGGGAGCUGCAAAUCUCGAAGUCCCAGCAGAGAAGUCUCCUCGCAGACGGAGCAUCUCUGGGACCAGCAGUUCAGACAAAACCAAUCCCAUAGAUUCAUCAAACACAUCUCCAUUCAAAGUGCCAGGCUUCUUCAGUAAAAGAUUCAAAGGGUCAAUUAAAAGAACCAAAAGCCAGUCGAAGUUGGACAGGAAUACCAGCCUCCGUCUUCCACCUCUUCGAUCCGCUGAGGAGAGGUCCAAUCCUUUACCAAAGCUGAAAGAAUCUCGUUCCCACGAGUCUUUGUUGAGCCCAGCUAGCGCUGUGGAGACAUUGGAUUUUGCCACUGAAGAGAAAGUCUUGGUCAAACCACUUCAUAGCAGUAUCCUUGGACAAGACUUCUGCUUUGAGGUCACUUACUCUAGUGGCAGUAAAUGCUUCAGUUGCACAUCUGCUGCUGAAAGAGACCAGUGGAUGGAAAACCUACGGAGGGCAGUUCAGCCUAACAAGGACAACUGCCGUCGAGCUGAGAAUAUAUUGCGCCUUUGGAUCAUUGAAGCCAGGGAAUUGGCUUCCAAAAAGAAAUAUUUCUGUGAAUUGUGCCUGGACGAUACUUUAUUUGCCCGCACUACAAGCAAAGCAAGAGCUGACAAUAUCUUCUGGGGCGAGCACUUUGAAUUCUCAGGACUUCCAUCCAUAAUUAACAUCACUGUCCAUAUCUACAAGGAUGUGGAGAAGAAAAAGAAAAAGGAUAAAAAUAACUAUGUCGGUCUAGUCAACAUCCCUGUGGCCAGUGUGACUGGCCGUCAGUUUAUGGAAAAGUGGUACCCCAUCAGCACCCCCACUCCCAAUAAAGGCAAGUCUGGAGGACCUUCCAUCCGGAUCAAAUCUCGAUACCAGACCAUCAUCAUCCUGCCCAUGGAGCAAUACAAGGAGUUUGCCGAAUUUGUCACUAACAAUUACACCUUGCUGUGCAGUGUGCUAGAGCCUGUGAUCAGUGUUCGGUGCAAAGAGGAAAUGGCCUGUGCUUUAGUGCACAUUCUUCAAAGUACCGGCAGAGCCAAGGACUUUUUGACUGAUCUGGUGAUGUCUGAGGUCGAUCGCUGUGGGGACCACGAUGUCCUAAUCUUCAGGGAGAAUACACUUGCCACCAAAUCUGUUGAGGAAUACCUCAAGCUGGUUGGACAGAAGUAUCUGCAAGAUGCCCUUGGUGAAUUUAUCAAGGCGCUGUAUGAGUCAGACGAGAAUUGUGAAGUGGAUCCUAGCAAAAGUUCACCCAAUGAUUUGUAUGAUCACCAGUGCAACCUCAAAAUGUGUUGUGAGCUGGUCUUCUGCAAAAUCAUCAACACCUAUUGUGUCUUUCCUCGGGAGCUAAAGGAGGUGUUUGCCUCAUGGAAGCAGCAGUGCCUCAACAGGGGGAAGCAGGAUAUCAGUGAGCGCCUAAUCAGUGCCUCGCUUUUCCUCCGUUUCCUCUGCCCAGCCAUCAUGUCUCCAAGUCUCUUUAACCUCAUGCAAGAGUACCCUGAUGACAGUACAUCUCGGGCUCUCACACUAGUUGCAAAGGUUAUCCAAAACCUGGCAAACUUUACAAGAUUUGGCAACAAAGAGGAAUAUAUCACAUUUAUGAAUGAAUUUCUGGAACAUGAGUGGGGAGGCAUGAAACGCUUCCUGGAGGAAAUUUCAGAUGCGGACACCAUCUCCAGCACACCAGGAUUCGAAGGAUACAUAGAUCUGGGCAGGGAAAUUGCCGCCUUGCAUUCCCUAUUGUGGGAAGUGGUGUGCCAACUAGAUAAGGGUGAAAAUUCCUUCCUACAGGCGACGGUUGAAAAACUCGGUCCUCUCCCACGGAUCCUUUCGGACCUUGCCAAUGCUGUGUCAAACCCUACUCCAAUACAACAUCAACUGAGGCGGUUAACAGACCAUAGUUCAAGUCCAAAUGUGAGCCUGUCUUCGGGACUUCAGAAAAUAUGCGAGGACCCCACAGAUGGUGAGAGCAAACUGAUGCCACCAGCCGAGGGCCAGCUGCUGAGGAUCCAGCAUAAAACAUCAAGGAGCGCUGGAUCAUCAGAGCAAGGAGAUGACCCUUGCCAAGUACCAAAUGCGAGGAGCGUGUCUUUGAUGAAUCUACAGGAUCCCAAUGCCCCAUUAGGCUUUCCUGCAUGCACGAUGAAUGACAGCACUCUCAGCGCAACAGGGAGUCACCUAUCAGUCGGGGAGGUGGUCGGCAUUAAAGUCUUCUAUGGCAUGCCACAGAACGACCCCCAAAGUGGAAGGCCUGUGAAGCCUCCAAGACGCAACAAACCCCUAUCAUUCCAAAACCCUAUGCAUCAAUUUAGUAAUCUUUCCAUGCCCCUUCCUGCACCCGCCCAGCCAAUGCCACCCAGCCUCACUCCUCCCCAGCAAAUGUCGACCCCCAUUCCAGGCCAUCCAAAGUCCAAUGUGUCAGUGGAUUCUAGCCUGGAGAGCAUCAGCGCGAUCAGCUCACAAAGCCAACACAGCGAUGAGCUAAAAACGAGUAGCCCUGGCAACGGCAGCACAGAAGACAUCACCAGGCGUAGUGUUAGAAGUGAAGAUCUUUCCUGGCAGGGUGCUGUGGCAAAAAAACGCAUCCUGAUGGCUUUACCACGGCAGAGCAGUACCGGGCAGGUGCCAGCAGGGCUGGGCGCCAGGGCAAAGGCUGUUCCCCACAGCACAUCCGAAAGAAGCACAGGAAGCAUGUCUGUGGCAUCGGCUGCAGAGCCUGCAGGGAAUCGAUCGCAACAGCCGUCAUCCUCUUCCCGGGAGAGUCCAAUUCCCAAAGUUCAGGCAAUCCAGCUGCAGCAGACCCAGCAGAUUCAGUCCCCAGUAGAUACUGCCACAUUGUCACCGGUGGAAAGGACAGCUGCCUGGGUCCUCAACAAUGGCCAAUACGAUGGUGACCAAGAAGAGGCAAAGCAUGCUGAAAAGUAUGAGCAAGAGAUUGCCCAUUUAACAAACCAGCUAAGAGUAGCCAAUAGCAGGCUGGAGCACUACGAACAGCGCCUCUUUGCACAAGAGAAUAAAAUGCAACAGCUGUUGGUGAAUUAUCAAGAAAAGCUGGCCAACAGCGAGGAGCGUCUUCAGAAACAGCAAGAGGAGAAGGACGCUCAAAUAAAGACCAUAAUCAACAGGCUAAUGGCUGUAGAAGCAGAGUUAAAGAAAGACCAUUUAAAAAUGGAAAAUAUCAUCGAGACAAAGAGGAAAAUAAUCGAAGCGCAGAAAGAACAUGGAAUCUGCAAGCGAAGAAGGAAUCUGUACAAGGCAUAUUAUAAUAUUAAGAGCAAAGGAAAAAAGGAUCCUUUCUUUAGAAUCAGCAAAUACCCGCCUGAUGAGCGCGCUGACACAAGUGAAAGAUCAUUACAGUAUGCAGGCGCGGAACGGAAUCUCCCCGACGAAGCUUUCAAUAACAGAGAAUGGGGAAUUUAAAAGCAGCAGCUAGCAGCCAUCUUCUCCCCACAACGUGUCGUCUGCAACAUCAUUGAAAUGGCUUUGGGGAGGCUGCACUACAUUAUAGAACGUUAAGUUAAUUUAUUUCAAUAAAGUUCAUCCAUCUUAACCACCCCUCCCAAUUGUAUUUUUGUGUCUAGGUUUGUUCUAAAAAAGAUUUAUUUUUGUUUUGUGAAUAUUUUUGGACAGUUUCUUGUAUAUGUACAAAUAUAGAUAAAUUUGAGGUCUUUUAUUGAAAAUAAACUUUAACUUUAAAACA